CCUUUGGGUGCCUCAGCCGGGUCCAGCCUCGGGCACAUGGGACAAGUGGAGGAUGCAGGAGACCAUGCAGCACUUUCCAGCAAGGCAGAGGAGGAAGAUCUGAACUCAGAGAAUGAGAAGCUGGUGGUGAGAGAGCCGGAGGAUGAGGAUGCUGCAGAUGAGACAUUCUCUUUUAAAUACAGUCCUGGAAAGCUGAGGGGAAACCAGUACAAGUCAAUGAUGACCAAAGAAGAACUCGAGGAAGAACAAAGGGUUCAAAGAGAGCAGCUGGCUGCCAUCUUCAGGCUCAUGAAGGAAAAAAGUGACACGUUUGGAGAAAUGUCUGAAGGAGACAUGAAGGAGCAGCUUAGACUGUAUGAUAUAUAACCUUGCAGCCAGUGGAGACUAUGCCCAAAAGUCAUCAUGUCCCUUAUUAUGCAGGACAUUGGAGGCUGUAGUUCUAGAAACGUGUUUCAGUAGUUAUUUUGCAGUUCCAGUUUGUUUUGCAAACACAUAUAGGCCUGUGAUAUGUAUUUCAAAAUACUUGUAAUUUCUCACCCUUUAUUUU